AUGUCAUCUCCUGGAAUGGGCACACCUAGUGAUCCCCUAUUGGCCAGCCCAGCAGGAAGGUUUGGUGGCCAAGAUAGCACAUGGAGAGCCUCCUUGCCCAAAACCUCCAGUUUCCCAUCAUCCACAACACGCCACCUCAGUCAUCGAGCUAACAACUUUCAGAGGCAUCCAAAGCGUCGGAAACUGAUUCGACCAUCACCUCCUCCACCCCCGAACACACCCUGUCCCCUGGAGCAGUUGGACCUUAGUGAACUGCCCCCUCGUCGUACCUUCCAGGAGCUCCUUUUCAAUGGAUGCAUCUUGUUUGGCAUUGAGUUCAGCUAUGCCAUGGAAACAGCUUACGUCACCCCUGUACUCCUUCAAAUGGGUCUCCCUGAUCAGUUCUACAGUCUAGUGUGGUUUAUUAGUCCAAUACUAGGAUUUCUACUGCAACCAAUCCUCGGGGCUUGGAGUGAUCGGUGUACAUCACGCUUUGGCCGACGGAGACCUUUUAUCCUGGCUUUGGCAAUAGGGGCUCUGCUGGGUUUGACAUUGGUACUAAAUGGACGGGACAUUGGGGCAGCACUGGCAGAUACUGCUGUCAAUCACAUGUGGGGCAUUGUGCUAACAGUAUGUGGGGUGGUUUUGAUGGACUUCAGUGCGGAUUCAGCAGACAACCCCAGUCAUGCUUACAUGAUGGAUGUGUGCAGUCCAGAGGACCAGGAUCGAGGGCUCAACAUUCAUGCACUACUUGCAGGUCUGGGUGGUGGUUUUGGGUACAUUGUGGGUGGCAUAAACUGGGACCAUACAGAGUUCGGGAAAUCAUUGGGAGGUCAGUUACGGGUCAUAUACCUGUUUACCAGCCUUACGCUUGUGGCUGCUACAGCAAUGACACUCACAAGCAUCCCAGAGAGACCUCUGCCGCAGAGCCAGUCUCAGGUGAGGAACCACAGAAACCUAAAGAGCCCCAGUCUCCCUCUCCCUCCCUCCCCACCAGCCCCAGCUGGAGCCGGUAGGGACCAGGACGCUGAAGAGGACGAGGGUCUGUACAGCUACCAGUUCUCUGACCCACACCGCCGUUAUCCAGACCCUCUGGGCCACUCUUGUAGUGCCAACGCACGGCUCUGUGCAGGCCUGAACAGUCCCAUCUCCCCCCUCAGCCCCCUCACACCGAAAUAUGGCAGCUUUAUCAGCCGAGACAACUCACUCACGGGCAUCAAUGAGUUUGCCUCAUCCCUUGGCACGUCGUACAUAGACAGCGUGCUUAUUGACUGCUACACGGGACAGCAGACCCCACAGCCUAUGGAGCCAGAGCCUGUGGUUCCGCCUCUGCCACCUGGGGACACUCCGCCUCCCCAAGGGGAGCAGCAAAACGAAGCUCCUCAGCCGAGCAAGACCUCGCAACCAAAUGGAGGGCUGCAACAAACUGAGGAGUCACAAGUGUGUGGUUUGCUGCAACCCAGUGAAGGGUCUGAUUCAAAGGAAGAUUGUCAGGCGGGUGAAGUUGCCCAGGCUGGUCCAGGGUCACAGCAGGGUAGCAUGUCAGGAAUCCUGAAGCGCCCUCAGAGUCUGGCCCUAAUGGAUGACCCACUGCUCCCUCCAAAUACAGGCCUGGACAAUGGCCGGCGACGGACCGUAACCUUUAGCCAGCAGGUGGCAAAUAUACUUCUGAAUGGGAUGCGUUAUGAUAGUGAUCUCAGUGUCAGUACUGAGCCAGUAGAAACUCAAAUGUCCAUGAAGCUUCUAUGUGUCGCCAUCUACAGGAUGCCUCCAUCAUUGCGCAGCCUUUGCACCAAUCAUUUUUUGGGUUGGUUGUCAUUUGAGGGGAUGUUGCUCUUCUAUACUGAUUUUAUGGGGGAGGUGGUGUUUGGAGGAGACCCCAAAGCCCCCCAUGACUCUGAUGCCUAUAAACGGUACAAUGCUGGGGUCAGCAUGGGCUGCUGGGGCAUGUGCAUCUAUGCAUUUAGUGCUGCCUUUUACUCAGCUAUUCUGGAGAAGCUGGAGGAGCGCUUCUCUUUACGCUCACUAUACUUCUUUGCAUAUCUGGCAUUUGGCUUGGGCACUGGUCUGGCCACUCUCUCUACAAACCUUUAUGUGGUGCUGUCUCUGUGCAUCACGUACGGGGUCCUCUUCUCCUCUCUCUGCACGUUGCCUUAUUCUCUACUCUGUGAAUACUACCAGAGCCCACAGUUCUGUGGCUCAGCGGAGGAUGGUACUAGAAGGGGGAUGGGAGUGGACAUCUCCCUGCUCAGCUGCCAGUACUUUCUGGCACAGAUCCUGGUCUCCGUGGCGAUGGGCCCUCUGACCUCUCUGGUGGGUGGGGCCCAGGGGGUGAUGUACUUUGCAAGUCUGAUGUCGUUCGUGGGCUGCCUUUACUCUUCACUAUGUGUGGUGUACCACCUGCCACCUCCUGAGGGUGAGCUCCCCCAGAGCGAGGCCCAGCCACUACUGGUGCACAUUUAA